UUUCUCUUUAGUAUAAUGACAAUUUUGUUUAGUGAUGUUAACUUGGCAUUUUUUUUCUUUACAGUAACACUACAGAGAUUGUUGCAGCCAUGUAAAAUAAAUUUAUAUCGUACAGGAACAGCGCUGUGUGAUAUUAGGAAGCAUAGUACAUGUAUUAGAAAUACAUGUGUUUGUACUAAGGGCUACGUAGCAAACGAACAUGGGCAGUGUGAAUUAAAGGACUCAUAUUUGGUCCGCAUGGAAAUGAGUGAAUACCGCGUCAAACCUGGAGAAUAUUGCAGAGAUUCUACAAAUUGUAUUGAAGGACUAGUGUGUGAGGGAUUUAAAUGCAAGUGUCCCACUGCUUGUACGUAUGACCAAAGAAAAGAAUUUUGUGACUGUGGGGACGUUGAAGAGCAGGUAGGACCAAUUAUGAUUGGCGUUUUACUUGGCUUGAAUAUCAUUUUCUUCUGGGGCUAUACAAUCAAGAGAACCAUAAGGAAACACAAGGAAAUGAUGAAACAGUUCUCAUCUCUCCCAGCAGAUGAUGAGUAUGUGCCCCGUUCAUAUGCACUCUCACCUGUCCAUUCCUCCAUCCAAACUGAAACAACAGUUGAUGGCACUGCUUCACCUGCCAGCAGAAUAGCUGGCACUUCUAUUACAGAAGACACUGGCACCACUGCAACCUAUUCCUUACAUCCCCCAACAUUACCAAACGAUCCUCUAAACCCUGAAUCAGAUAAGCCCCCAUCAUAUAUAGAUGUUAUUUCUUCAUCCCUGCAUAACCCUGAUCCAAGUAGCCAGCCUCUCACCUUCGUACCAAAUGCUCCGUACCCUCAUGCCUACAUCCCCUUGUCUUGUAGCACUCAGCAGUCCUCUAGUCCACCGCACUCUCUUUCAGGGAGACCACAUUCCCGUAGUUCCUCCCCUGCACCAGAUCACGGUAGUCCCUCAGUAACAACACAUCCCAUUAGUCCCUCAGCACCACCACCUCCUGGUAGUCCUAAUGCAGUGCUACAACAAGAUAAUUCAUCUGCCCCAGUUGGUGCUGCCACUUCUUCGUCUCCAUCGCACUCUGUUCCUGAAGCACCACCAGCAUAUAAUCCUUACUUUAAGGAGGACAGUGCUCCAGGUACCUCUGACUAAACUACUUAAAAAGACCUUUCUACAGUGGCAAGCUUACAGGGAAGAACUUGUACAAGAACAUCCUUGUAAAGGUGAUUAACCUGUUGUUACCAGCCGUGCAUGUACAUGUGCACAUACCAGGCAUCAUUGGGUUGAUUUAUAACCAUAUGUUGUUUUAAGGCAGUAAGUUAAGGUCCCUUUUUUAUUUAUUUAUUAUUUAUUUAUUUAUUUAUUUAUUUAUUUAUUUUAUUUAUUUUAUUUUAUUUAUCUAUUUUAGUUGGAGUGCUCAAUUUUUACUUCUUAUUGUGUCCAGUGAUUUUUUCCCCCCAUACUUUUCAUUUCAGCAACUGCAAAAUCAAAAGGGCAAAAACAAAAAUUAAAAUUUCCAAAAACACAUGAAUAGUUAUUUCAAGUCAAUACUAUAUAGUCUGUCUGUUAUUGUAGUUGUUAUUGGAUUAUUGUGUUAUAAAAAGUCAGAUGCUAUAGUGUUCACUACUAAAAUAACAAAGUUCACUACCACAUUAGUUUUCUCUAAAACAAUUCAUCACCAAAAGUAGAAUAUUCUUCCUGUACCAUGGCUUUGAAGGGGAAAAGGAAAGCAUUAAGUGAGUAGAAUUUGUUUUGAAUGGCAUUAUUUUUGGGGGAAAAAAUGUGAAAUUUGUAUGAAAAUUUUUCCAAAUUUUACAACCUCCAGUCCUUCAGUUCAGAGGUUGUUGUGAUGAUUAACAGUAGAAUCUCAUUAUCCAUGUUAGAUGCUGCAAUAUAAGUGAUAUUAAUAUAUUUAUUAUGGCUGUAGGAGCAAAGUGGGGGGAUGGAUGCUGUGAAAAGGAAAUCACAACCUCACUCUGUGCUUGAGGUAAAGAUUUUCUCCUCUUUUAUGCUUUCCUUCCAGCAGCAUCCCCACGGGGUAACGGUCUCCACCCGCCAAUUCCUGCCUGUCCUCCACGGGGCAGGCCCGUCCUAGCCCUUGAUCAAAAAGGGAGUUUCGUGACGUUAAACCGAAAUCAAAUUAAUCAUGCUUUCCUUGUAUGAGAUGCAGCUUUUUAAUCACUUUUUUUCAGUCCUGUUACUUGUUUUAGGCAUUUUUGCAGUGGUAUCAAGAACCCUUAGAGAGAGACCGACAGAGACUCGUGUGAGAGAGAGAUUUGCAUUUGCAGCCGGAACCAUGCUGUAGUUGAAUUACAAAUUGUAAAUAUAUAUCCUUAACUUGGAAAGUCAUCACAAAGAUUCAUGUUUUUAUUAGUUUCUGUUGUCAUAUAAUACAGGAUAUGUAGCUAAGCUACAACAUAAUUAAUUAUUGCCUAAAACUUAGAAAAAAAGUUUAACAACCAAAUGAGAUUUCAGAAAACCUCACUUUAGUGUGUCAUGUAAUCUAAAUCUUAUAUUCUUAUAAAUGUAUAACACAAGAUUAACUUUUCUAAUUUUCCUAAUUUCUAAUUUUCUAAACCUUGUUUCAGUUAGAAGCAGAUAAUAAUUGAAAACUACUCAUAAUAUUACCUAAAUUUCUGUAGAUAAAUAUUCUUAAAUACUACCACUCAGUAAAUAUACAACUGUUCUUUUUGCAUAGGUGACUAGGAAUAACUUGUCCAUCCCCUGGUCACUAAUUUAUGGGUGUAUCCUACUUGGCUGUUGAUAACACUUGAUAGCAAUCCACCUCUUUCACUGAUUUAUAAGGUUUUUCAGUUUCCUCACUCUGCUCUCCUCUAUAGUGAUUUUGCAAACAGUGUUUCCAUGUAAAAGUUUUCUAUUGAUGUUCUUCUGCCACUUAGUAAUAAGUCUUAUGACAGGAGUGUGGAUGAAAUCCUCACAACACUGUGGGGAGGAAAUGAUAAAAAAGGAAAGAUACUGAAAAGUUGCUGAUAUUAAGUGCAUUGUAAACAGUAUCCAUUAAAGUUAAAUUUUGGACAGCA